GGCUGACGUAUGUGUAACGCGCAUGCGCGCCGUGGAAGCGAACAGCCAGUCGUAGAGGGCCGUGUUUGUGACGUGCGUGCGCGCCGAGGGGAGCGGGCGUCGGCGGCGGCGGAGGGAGCCCGGGCGCGCAUGCGUAGAGGCCCCCAGGUCCUCUCCUGCAACCGACGCCGCCAUUAUGCUGUGGUUCCCCGGGACCAUCCCGGCCGCCAUUGCCGCCGCCAAGCAGCGGAGCGCGGUGUUCGUGGUGUUCGUGGAAGGGGAUGAUGAACAGUCCAGAGAGAUGGCUGCCAGCUGGGAAAAAGUGACUGAGGCGGCAACAGAUGGCUUUGUGGCCAUUAAAGUUGAUACCCAAAGUGAAGCCUGUCUGCAGUUCUCGCAAAUCUAUCCUGUAGUGUGUGUUCCAUCCAGUUUCUUUAUAGGCGACAAUGGAGUCCCCUUGGAAGUCAUUGCUGGCAGCAUUUCUGCAGAGGAACUUAUUACAAGAAUUCAUAAAGUUAAACAGAUGCACAUGAUAAAAAAUGCAGCAGUAGAAACGUCUGCUUCAUCUGCAUCCUCUUUGUAUAAGGUCACAGAAGACUCCCAAACAGCUGGUGCCUGUGAAGCACAACCUGAAAGGCCACAUUUAGCCUCAGCUGCUGAAGUAAACUUGGUGCAGACAAAUGAAAAUGAAAGAAGGUUGGAACAGACCACAGAUGACCUUGCAGCAAAAGUAGAAAGAGUGACACAAAAGCUUGAAGAAAGGAGAGAAGAGAAAAAAAAAGAAGAACAACAAAAAGAAAUCAAGAAAGAAAUCGAAAGAAGAAAAACGGGAAAAGAUAUGCUAGAAUACAAAAGGAAACAAGAAGAAGAACUCACAAAACGAAUAUUAGAAGAAAGGAACAGAGAAAAGGCUGAAGACAAAGCUGCUAGGGAACGCAUCAGGCAGCAGAUUGCAUUGGAUCGUGCUGAAAGAGCAGCUCGUUUUGCGAGGUCUAAGGAAGAAGCAGAUGCUGCAAAAGCUGCUGCCCUCCAGGCUAAGCAAGCUGAAAUGGAAGCCAAGAAGGAAGCGUCCCAGAGGGAACGAAGUGCUAUAGCAAGAAUCCAGUUUCGUCUUCCAGAUGGAUCAUCUUUUACUAACAGUUUCCCUUCAGACGCUCCUUUGGAAGAAGCUCGACAGUUUGCCUCACAGACAGUUGGCAACACUUACGGCAAUUUCUCAUUGGCAACAAUGUUCCCCAGAAGGGAGUUCACCAAAGAAGAUUAUGGGAAAAAAUUAUUGGACCUGGAACUGGCUCCAAGCGCUUCGGUAGUAUUGUUGCCGGCAGGGAGGCCGGCAACAGCCGUUGUGCAGUCUUCCAGUGGAGAUUUUUGGCGAUUCCUUGGCACCAUCCUCUACCCAUUGAUAGCGGUUUGGCGGUUUAUUAGCAAUUUCCUGUUUACCAGCCCUCCACCUCCCCAGCCUCCUCCCAUGGGGCGGCAUCAGUCGGAACAUGCAACUGCAAACACCUCCUCUAAUGCUGCAGAGCCAAGCAGACAAGCAGUCAGGAAACGAGUUUUGGAAAAGCGGAGUGAAGAAUUCAAAAAAGAAGGCAAAAUCUAUCGAUUGAGAACACAGGACGAUGGAGAUGACGAUAACAAUACCUGGAAUGGAAAUUCCACCCAACAGAUGUAGUUUGAGUAAACUGUACAUAAUGAUCACUGAUUUCCCCCCUUCUUUCCUUGAUUUAAUUUCAUUUAAACCUUUGGCUGCACAAGUGGGCUUGUAUGGCUAGGCUGCCUGCAUUGUAUCUUAUUCCUGGCCAUAGCACAUGGAGUAAGGUGUUAACUCAGUUGUGGAGCUGGAUAUUGCAAAUGUAACUGCUGCCAAAAGCUCAAAGAAUGUAAAUGAAUUCCUAUUUUCCAUCAGCAUUUAGAAUUUCACUCUUAUUUAGCCAUGUGGACAUCUGAAGGCACUUUUCAUGUCUAGGUCUUGGGAAAAUAAUCAGAAGCUCAGAUUAUAAAUCAAGCGAGUCUGACCCUAACAGAAGCAAAAGAAAAGACCCCUAAUAAAUUGGAUAACUUAUUUUUCUUUUCUUUGAAUGCUUCUGCGACUACACAAUAAUACAGGUAGUUUCUAAUUGGAAAGUGUUCAAUAAAGGUUUUUCCAAAAA